UACAACCAGACUCGUCGCUCGUCUGGGCUCCCUGUGCUCAGCAGGCAGCAGCAUAUUAGAUUGUACUAGAUUCAGUAACGUGGGUUUUGAAACCGGAAUUCCACUGACCCUAUUGUUACUCGGUGGGUUUAUGACGAUACUUGACAGAAAAAACCCUGACCCUCUCAGCUUCAAUGGCAAACAACAUCCAAGGUCUCCACGGGUAAAAAGGAAGAGUCAAGAGUCGCACAGGCACUAGAUUCAGUUACGUGAGUUUUGAAACCGGAAUUCCACCUUACUGUUACUAUGUAGAUUUAUGACGAUAUUUAAAAAGAAACCUUGAUUCUCUCGGCUACAAAGGUAAACAACAUAACAAAUAUUCAAAGCCAUAGUUUCCUUUCGUGCCAUUGGAAACACUUGCCACUCCUCUUUCACUUUCUACUUGCUAGUACAUAUUUCCCGUGGUAGCUUUGAAGAGAACAGAUGACAAUCUAAUCAAGCCGAUUUUAGCAUCAAGGCACAUAGUGAUCAUUUGUUUAUAACUCUUCAGGUAAUUUUUUGAUUGUUUGAGUAUAAUAUGUGAUGUUGUUGUUGUGUAGAUUGGUACAUAAAACCUAAUGCAGGUCAGUAGUAUAGAGGAAAAACAAUGUCAGUGUCAGUUCUUUGAUACGAGCUCAUCUAACCACAUGUACUUAUUUAAAACCCAUCCUCCUAAAUGAAAACAUAUCUCAUUUGAAAAUUCGUUUAAGAACCUAUGCUUACAAAGUAUAACUCAGUAGUAACAGGACUAAAACUGAAAACUAGGAAAAGCAUUAAUCGAUUCAUCGCUUACGCGAUGUAAUAUAUGGAAAGGUCAGAGUUUUCGGAACAAAAUUAUCCCUUCGUUUCGUCAGGAAAUUUCAGCCUGGUUAUCUCGAUAGAUAAAGCGCAAUAUUUCAAGUUUUAUUUUCGGUAGCAUUUUUUUUUUCUUAUCCCGGUAUUGAGAAUCCCGUAUUAAUAUUAAAUAGGUUCAGUCCACCUCCUCAUAUUCUUCCCAAGAAAGAGUCCCAAGCGGAGUUCUCAGAAACUGUUUAAAGGGAGUUUAGGGAAGACCACAUUUUUUUUCACCUUAACCGGAAGUCUUGUUAGCAAAUUCUGUACCAGCCUUCAAGGAAGGUGGCCAACAGGAGGCGAACGAUCCGAUGUCGAUUAGAUGUUCUCAAAUAUAGAUAUAACAGUCACGAAAAGGGUAGAUAUUUCUGUCAAACUUGAAGACUAUAAAAUAUUUUCUAACCGGAAGUUUUGGUAAAAAAAAAUGAGAACUUUCCAUCUACUUCCGUUUCCAUAAUUUAUGUUUCCUGUUUUUGCAUGACGCCGUGGUUUGAUUAUUUUAUACCAGAGGAACUUUUCUGUCUAUGAAGAAGGAUCAUUUCCACUCCAUUUAAAAGGCAUUACGGCCCUGGAAAUUUCCGGUACUGUGUAGAUUGAUGUGUUUUAGUGAAAAUUUGUGUCAGGGUAAAACCCCCUUAAGUCGGAAGACCACUUGGUCUUAAUGCGAAUACUGACCAUUUUGUCGGUAAUGCAGGCUGGGAACUCCCCGAGGAAAUGACUUCUCUGUAUUCCACCACGGAGCUACUUUAUCCAAGAACGAAAAGGCGAACGAUCAGAAUUGUGAGUUCGAAAGCUCAGCCAUUGCACACACCAAGGAGAGUACGAUUCCGAGUGGCAAGCAAGCUCGGCGAGAAAUCUCGCAUGGAGAUAAAGAAAGUUUUGAUUACUGAUAAGAGCUCAACAACGUUGAAGAUAAAGCGAGUCGAUUUCAAAACAAACCCGAUUCCAAAUGAAAGAAAUCACUCGAAGCCAAGUUAUCAGUCAGGAGUAUCACUAGAAGAAUCCGCAAAACGGCGCCCUUCUCGAGCUCGACGUUCUACCACUCCUGGUUCAGGGAAAAAAGAGAAACCUGUAAGAACAUACGGUAAGUUCAACGGGCUCGAUAUUCGUAAACCAGCAUUUAGCAGUGCGACAAGGCCACAGUCUUCGCGAGAUUGCAGGGCGUAUGAUUCGGCGAAAAACGUGGGAUCUGAUAGGCAUCGCCGCCAUACAAGUACUGUUACAAGACAGAGGGAAGUAUUUAGCACUACAGUGAAGCAGAAAGCUGAUGUUAAAACGCUGGAGGAGCGAAUGUCUUCAGGCCGCGCGAAGAGUCUACAUCGACGCAACAAUCAUUUAUACUCUCCUGUAAACAACGGCCAAUCGCGCCCUUUACAACCUGCAACAGCGGAAAGACCUGUUGGCAGCUCAAGACCAUUGAGUGGAACCAAACCAGUUAUGUCAAGUGACCGUGCAACCCUUAAACAUGUACAAGGCCACCUUGAGAGUUUUUUUGACACAAAAGUCUCUUUACGUCAAAAAGAAAUAAUGAAGAAUUCAGAGACUGUCAAUGACUUUCUUGAUGGUUUAUUGCCUUUGAUAGUUAAACAAGAUAAAAAUUUUGGGCUGAGGAAGCUUAAAACAGGAAGCUAUUAUGAGAAACUGAAGGUUUCUGAGCCAACGGAAUUCGAUGUGAUGUUAGUUUUCGAUUUUAUCCGCUUCGCAAAGUUCGUCAAAGUAGAAUACAACUAUCGGGUUCCUGCGACUAUGCUUUACGCGAAACUCAAGUUCCAAGAUCAUAUCAAAAACGGAAGAAAACUUUGGGGAGCAUUCCUAACUGCGGAUGGAAAAUACCUCUCGCCCAGAAAAUUAUCGAAACGUUUCUUCUCCUUGGUGCAGAAAGCGGUGGAGAAUCCUAAGUGGAAUCAACGACACCGGGUGUCAAAUGUUCGUCCGAACGGCCCAGCAGUAACGCUGACAAUUGAUGGGAAAAUCGACUUGGACUUAGUUUUGAGCUUUGAGAUUUUGGAGUGGCUGAGCUGUGCGAGUAGUUGGGGCGAAUCAGAACGUAUCUGGCCAAGAAAACGGGAUGUUGAGAAAAUAAAAACUUUAGAACCGAAAUGUUAUCUGGUUGCAAAACCGUGCGAAGUGGAGUCUCGGGAUUCUGGUGAUUUCUGGCGAAUUUCAUUUUCAGAGGCAGAGAAAAAACUGUUAUUGCGAGAGUAUCCGGACAAGAAAUGUUACAAGAUUGUGAAGGCUAUCUAUCAGUCUAAAAAGAAGGUAUUGACACCACUUACUUCUUUUCACCUAAAGAACUUGUUACUGCACCGUAGGUGUGAUCAUCCCGGAGAAAAACCCAACGACUCCAAAUUGGCACUAUGCGUGGUGAAGUUUCUUGAGGAUCUGAUUCAUCGACUGACAAAAGGUACUUUACCUCACUUCUUUGUUUCGCGUGUGGAUCUUUUAGCAAAGAUUUCAAAAGAGGAUCGACUGAAUAUUGCUCGUAAACUAAAGAACUAUCUUGACAAUCUUGUUAGAAGUCCAGGAAGCUUUCUAGGAAGAUUGAAACCGUAAAUUGUAAUAUGUUUUCAAGUGGUUUCGGCCUGGUUUCGUUCUGUUAUUUGGAGACCACGUUCAUUGCUCUUGAUUUGUUCCGGAAGAGAAGCACAGGAACCACACGGAGAGCCAUUAAUUCAUGACUUUUUGCAAAAUGAGUUCGCACCGCACCGUAGUGUAAACACUUUUCCUUUAACACAUUGCACGUUUUAUUAAAAAAAAAAAAAAAAAAAAACCUUCAAAUUUGUUUUGGUUUCGCUCUCUUGACUUAUUUUUUGCUUGAAAAAACUAAUGAAGGUUAAUUUUCUUGUUAGGAACAGACAACGUAUGUAGGCAAUUUUGGAAGUACUGAACCAAAAAAAAAAAAUCAAUAUAGAGCAAAUUUAAAUUCAGACAAGAAGGCAAGCUAUCUUAUCAGCUGCCGGCUAGGAGGAUAUUUCCAGACACUUCUUCACUCUUUACACCCCGAAUAUCAACAUCCAUAUUCUCUUUACUGUUCUCUUUACAUUUCUUAAUGUACUGACAAGGAGAAAUUGCUUAACAAUCAAGAGCUUCCUUAGU